AUGAAUUCAAAUACUGCACACAGUCCCAUGUUCCUGAUAUUUCCUCCAGAAAUUAACAGUCCGGAAUAUAAGUCAUCAGAAUUCACGGCUAAGAUCUACUACUCUCAAAACUUCCUGCAGAAAUUUCUUGUUACAAAAAUGAAGAUCUUAGGGGCCAUCCAGAUCCUGCUUGGAAUUAUGGUUUUUUCUUUUGGAGUUGUUUUUAUUUUCCUCUUGAUAAAACCAUACCCAAGGUUUCCCUUUAUUUUUCUUUCCGGAUAUCCAUUCUGGGGCUCUGCUUUGUUCAUUAUAUCCGGAGCCUUCCUCAUUGCAUUGGAAAGAAAAAGCACAGAAACUCUGCUAAUCGUGAGCCGAGUGGUAAACAUUGUCAGUGCCCUCGGAGCAACAGCUGGAACCAUUCUCCUCGUGUUUGGUUUCCUUCUAGAUGGAAAUUAUAUCUGUGGCUACUCUCGAGACCGAUCUCCAUGUGAGAAGAUUACCAUUCUGUUCACUGGAAAUUUGAUUUUGCUGUUGAUAUUUACCAUUGUUGAGUUAUUCAUCUCUCUGACUUUCUCAAUUUUUGGAAGCUACUCAGACAAAGACUAUAAGUAA